UCAGAAAACGUCCCAGCUAAACACCCACAAGACUUCGUACAGCUCAACACCCUAUAUUGCAAUGAUCACAGCAGCCAAGACUACCUAAAAGAAGAUAGUUACCUCACAUCCGGCUGCCAGCUUUUUAUUUUUCUCCUGACCAUUUAAAACUUCAGACUUCCUGCCUUCCUGGUGUCAUGGAGAAAGUCCAAUACCUCACUCGCUCUGCUAUAAGAAGAGCUUCAACAAUUGAAAUGCCUCAGCAGGCACGCCAAAAUCUCCAGAACCUAUUUAUCAAUUUCUGCCUCAUCUUAAUAUGUCUCUUGCUGAUCUGCAUCAUAGUGAUGCUUCUCUGAAGUUCUCCUGCAACCUCCAGAUCUACAACUUACCUAAUCAACUUAAAAUCUGCCAUCCCAUGAAGAGGGGAAAACAAUACAGUAUAACAGGCCACUUCCUGAGUAGAAGAAUUUCCUUGUGAAAUGGUCAAGAGUAAAACAAAUUGUUAGCAAAUGUAUUCAUCUGCCAGAUCUUGUAAACAUGAAAAGGGUUUUAUUUUUAAAAAAUAACUUUAAAGUGACUAUAAUAUACGUAUAAUGUAAUUGUUGAUUUCCUAAACAUGGCUUAUAAAUUUCUAUCCCAAAUCUUCUCUGAGGAUGAAGUAGUUUAGUUUUGAAACAGCACUGCUAAUAGGUUCACUUCAUAUAUAAAGUAUUAACUUUACUCUUUGGGGUAAAUAUAAUUUA